GGAGGCGGGGGAGCCGUAGGAAAAGGAGUAGGAUUGGGCCUCCAGUCUGCCCUCCCAGCCCCCUCUCUAGAUCCCGGCUGACAGGUGGGAGGAGCCCGUUGGGGAGGGGUCCGGGUUUGGUUGCAGGCCGCCGGCUUUUGGAGAGACUGAGACGCCGGUGCCUGGGUCCGGCAGGCUCGAGGGGACGGCCGUCUGGCUCCCCCUGCGCUGCUUCCGAAUCUCUCCAGGCGCCGGGGACCCACUGCUCGCCUCUUGAGCCUGGAAGGCUGGGCUGGGCUAGGCUAGGCUGAGCUGAGGGACCACACUGCUGCUGGGGAAGGCCGUGGCACCGUACCCCCCGGCCUAACCCCGCUCCGCGCUUUCUCUCCUGUCGGAUCCAGGCUGCCAGGCCUGUAGGUCGGAGAUGUUGCUAGAGGAGAUAAGCGCCGGGGACCGGCUCAGUGGGGCUGCGGCCCGGGGAGAUGUGAAGGAGGUGCGGCGCCUCCUUCACCAGGAAUUCGUGCAUCCCGACUCCCUGAACCGCUUCGGCAAGACCGCCCUGCAGGUCAUGAUGUUCGGGAGCUCGCCCAUCGCCCUAGAGCUGCUAAAGCAGGGAGCCAGCCCCAACGUUCAGGACGGAUCGGGCACCUCCCCGGCCCACGACGCAGCGCGCACAGGGUUCCUGGACACUCUUCGGGUCCUGGUGGAACACGGCGCUGACGUGAACGUUCCCGACGGUUCCGGGGCGCUGCCUAUCCACCUGGCUGUGAGGGAGGGUCACGCUGCCGUGGUCAGCUUCCUGGCCGGGGAAUCCGACCUGCAGCACCGGGAUGCCGGGGGCCUCACGCCCCUUGAGCUGGCUCGUCAGUGUGGAGCCGGGCAGUUGGGGCGGAUCUUGGAGAGGCACCUCCCUACUCCAUCGUUGUGAAUGUGGGGACCCUUGAGCAGCCAGGACAGCUGGAUGCCACUUGGCACUGGUGGGACCAGGCCCAGGAAGCCCCGAAACAGAGAAUAGGGUUGGGUUGGGGGAGGGUCUGUGUCUCUGGGAGGAUGAGAGUGGACGAUUCUCUUCCUAUUCCAUGCCCACCGGAGUGCCGAAGGUCCAUCUCCUCCCCGCCCCCACUUGUACCCCGAGUUAUGGUUUGUUGGUGUUUAUCUGUGUGGUUAUUUUUCCUUUUCGGUGUGAUGUGAAACUUGGGGGAGGGCAAGGGCUGCAGAGAGCCAACUGAGCAGGUAGAGACAGUCUAGGACCCUUGGCCCUAGCCAGUUCCUGGAUGCAGCAGGGAAGGUGGCCAGAUAAACGGUUCGGUCCUGCCCCUCUAGCCCCUACCCCUUCCCUUCAGGCUGGCACAGCUCAGUAGAGCUCUGGGCCUUUUGUGAUGAUCUAGGGCAAUGGCCUGGCUCUCCCUAUCCCCUCCCUGGUCCAGAGUAGCCGAAGGCUACUUUCCUCCCACACUCUUCUCCCCACCCCCACCCCAACACCUCAGGGGAUUUCUAGGUUCCCAGAAGCAGCUAUCUUUUGGCACAGUCACCUCAGGGGUGCUGUAGGGAAGAGAAGGGCACUACUUCCUUUUGGAAACCCAGGAACACAAUUUAAUUUUGGGGGAUCAAAAUGAGAGAAUAGUGUAUUAAAUUUUCUUUCGUUGAAGGCCUCUUUCCAGCCUCUUGUACAGAGUUUUUAAAAGAUUCUAUUUAUUAUGCUUUCUAAAGAAAUGUUGUGUGAUAAUUUAAUGUUUUUAACCAUUAAAUUAAUAUUGAGCAUUCCUUGAU